CCAUGGCUGAAGAACUUAAAGAUCGUAGUUUGACGGAAACGCCUACUUGGGCUGUUGCAGUGGUCUGUUUUGUGUUGCUUGCUGUUUCGAUCUUCAUCGAACAUAUUAUUCAUCAUAUUGGAUCGUGGUUAGCAAGAAGAAACAAGCGAGCCCUUUAUGAAGCUCUGGAAAAGAUCAAAGCAGAGCUUAUGCUGUUGGGAUUCAUGUCCUUGCUGCUUACAGUAUUACAAACUCCCAUUUCAAAGAUAUGCAUUUCUAAGAGUGUUGGAUCCACUUGGUACCCUUGUGAUGUUGAUGAGAAAGAAUUUAAAAACACAUGCGGCACUGAAUCAGGAAAAGUCCCAUUUGUGUCUUACUAUGGGAUCCAUCAGCUCCAUAUAUUUAUCUUUGUGCUAGCUCUCUUUCAUGUGAUCUACUGCGUGGCCACCUUGGCUUUGGGAACAUACAAGAUGAGAAGAUGGAAGACUUGGGAGGAUGAAACUAGGACAGCUGAAUAUCAAUACUCUCAUGAUCCAGAGAGGUUUAGGUAUGCAAGGGAAACAUCCUUUGGGCGCAGGCAUUUGAAUUUCUGGAGCAGCUCUCCUGUUCUCCUAUGGAUUGUGUGCUUCUUUAGACAAUUCUACGGAUCGGUUCACAGAGAUGAUUAUCUUGCUUUAAGACAUGGAUUUAUCGUGGCACAUUUGCCACCCGAAAGCGAAAGAAAAUUUGACUUCCGGAAGUACAUCCACAGAUCACUUGAAGAGGACUUCAAAGCUGUAGUGGGCAUCAGCCCAGUAAUAUGGUUCUGUGCAAUAUUGUUCCUACUCACCAACACACAUGGGUGGUAUUCUUACUUUUGGCUUCCAUUCAUCCCCUUAAUUAUACUGCUCUUGGUGGGAACAAAGCUACAAGUGAUAAUAACUGAAUUGGGAUUGAGGAUUGCAGAGAGAGGUGUUGUGGUGAAGGGUACACCAAUAGUUGAGCCAGGCGACCACCUCUUUUGGUUCAAUCGCCCCAGCCUCAUGCUCUUUCUGAUCAACUUCGUUCUCUUUCUGAAUGCAUUUCAGCUGGCUUUCUUUGCAUGGAGCACGUAUGGGUUGAAAUCUUGCUAUCAUGACACUACUGAAGAUUAUGUCAUCAGAAUCACAAUGGGGGUCAUGACACAGGUACUGUGCAGUUAUGUGACACUCCCACUCUAUGCCUUAGUGACACAGAUGGGCACCACCAUGAGAUCGACUGUUUUUAAUGACAAAGUAGCCGUGGCUCUAAGAGACUGGCACGAUACGGCCAGAAAGCACACAAGACACGGGCACUCGGAUGGUGUGUCCCCACAGUCAAGUAGGCCAUCGACCCCAUCAAAUGGGAUGUCCCCAGUUCAUCUGUUGCAAAGCUACGACAACAACACUCCUGAUAUGUCUCCAGUGGCAUCAAACUACGACAACGAACGGUGGUAUGGAGAAGGAUCAGGGUCUCUAGGGAAGAAGGAUGAUGAUGAGCAAAGGCCAGAGAAUUUUGAAUCGAGAGAGCCGGGACGAGGGACUCAAGACUCAAGCUCAGCCCAAUUGGCCCUGGGACCCCUCCCCAUUCAAACUCAACAUGAGGUCAACAUCACUUCAUCAGAGUUCUCAUUUCGUAGGAGCCCAAGGAGCCCAAGGCCAUGACUUCGAUGAUGCGAAGGAUGAUUAAUUGAGGACAAAACUCCGCGUAUUGAUUUGGUAUUUUGUUUUUCGUUUCUGCAGUUUGUAUUUUGCAUGUACAUUUGUUACACUUGUAAUUCAAUUUAUGUUUCUUCAA